UAAGCCCCUUCAUUCCCGCGUAUUCUCCUCAUUCAUCCUAGCUCUCGCAGCAGCAACCAGCAAGGUAAUUAACCAACACCGAGCAUCAAGCGCAGUAGCCAAGUCAGCUGAGCUCAGCUAGCUAGCAUCCUCUGGAUCGAUCGAGAUGGCCCGUGCACAGUUGGUGUUGGUCGCCGUGGUGGCAGCUCUGCUCCUCGCCGCCCCGCACGCCGCCGUGGCCAUCACCUGCGGCCAGGUGAACUCAGCCGUUGGCCCCUGCCUCACCUACGCCCGCGGCGGCGGCGCCGGCCCUUCCGCGGCCUGCUGCAACGGCGUGAGGAGCCUCAAGUCCGCUGCCAGAACCACCGCUGACCGGCGCACCGCCUGCAACUGCCUCAAGAACGCCGCCCGUGGCAUCAAGGGGCUCAACGCCGGCAACGCCGCCAGCAUCCCCUCCAAGUGCGGCGUCAGCGUCCCCUACACCAUCAGCGCUUCCAUCGACUGCUCUAGGGUGAGGUGAUCGAGCUAUAUCGAUCGGAUCGAUGAUCAUAUAUAUACAGCAGCGCGCCGGUUGCCACCUGGGUCGAUGUGUGUGGAGCCGAAUUCUGUAUCCAAUACUACUAGUAGUAUCUGUAUUCUGGAAUAAAAGAUGAGCUAGCUAGGUCCAUCGAUCACCAUGCAUGCAUGUGUGUAUGGUUAUUGAUCGGCCCGGUCAGUCCAGCUAGCUUCCUGUUAUGUGUGUUCGUCUCGUUUAAUUUGCUCCUUUUUGAGGUGUACGUACCAGUGAGAGCUAGAGAUUGAGUUUAUACCCAUCUACAUGCAUGUGCGUGCUACUAGCUCCUUGUACUACGUGCUUGUUUGGAUUAUUACACAUACAUGUAGCUCUUUUUGGUACACA